AUGAGCAGUCUAUCAUCGCUAAGAUUAUUACCUACGAGGCCACUCGCACGCGGGCCCAUAUCCCGCCGCCUCCUCCUCCCUGCGCUUGCGCGACCCUUCUCCGCCUCUGCCCCGUUGCGCGAGAUUCGAGAUGUCGCCGCCCUUCCCGACAGGGUCAGCCCGCUGUACCAUGAGACUUCCGUAGGCCUGCUCACUCUCCACUGGCAGCAGCCCCCGCGGAACAUCCUCCUCAUCCCCAAGCUUCACGCCCCAAAGGUCGUCCAGGAUGCCGUCCGCUUCGCCCAGCACUUGCACGACAACUACCCCGACAUCAACAUCGUCUUCGAGAGUCGCAUCGCCGCCCGCGUCCACAACCACCUUCCCUUCCCCAUAUAUACCCCAUCGCGCAGCGACCCCGCCACCCAUUUCCCCAACAAGAUCGACUUGGUCACCACCCUCGGCGGCGAUGGCACCAUCCUGCGCGCCGCCAGCCUCUUCUCCCUCAACCCGACCGUACCCCCAAUCCUGUCCUUCAGCAUGGGCACCCUUGGCUUCCUGGGCGAGUGGAAGUUUGCCGAGUACAAGGACGCCUGGACCAGGGUCUACACCAGCGGCAUCGACUCAGGCGCCGCCCGCCCAAAGAUCCUCCUACGCCACCGCCUCAAGGUUGGCGUCUACGACGACGAGGGCAAGAACAUCAACGGCCUGCUGAUGCCCACCUCCACUGCCGAGGCCCAUCAGAGGCUGCGUCUCAUGCCCUUGAGUGCCGAGCAGGAGGCUGCUCUGAACAAUCCUAACUGGGUCCCGCCCGUCAAGGUGCCCCCCACCUUCCAUGCUGUCAACGAGCUGCUGCUUCACCGCGGCGGCCAGCCCCACCUUGCCAUGAUCGAUGUUUAUGUCAACAAUCACUUCCUCACUGAAGCCAUCUGUGACGGCAUCCUCGUCAGCACGCCCACGGGGUCCACCGCCUACUCUCUCAGCGCCGGAGGCGCCAUUGUCCACCCCCUGGUGGGCUCGCUCCUCAUCACCCCGAUCUGCCCCCGGAGCCUGAGCUUCAGGCCGCUGGUUCUUCCACUGGACACCAAGGUCGUCCUUCGGCUUAGUGAGCGGAAUCGAGGCCGUGAGCUCGAGGUCAGCAUCGAUGGCAAGAGACGGGCCGGUGCUAGCCCGGGCAUGGAGAUACGGGUCCAGGGCGAGACCAUCACAAAGGGAGAGGACGGCAACUGGUUGGGCGGCGUACCCUGUGUAAUCAGAGACCUGCACAAAGGCCAGCCGUCAUUAGACGGCGACGAUGAUGACGACGGUUGGGUCGGUGGUUUGAAUGGCCUGCUGAAGUUCAAUUAUCCGUUUGGCAAUCCAGACGGUUGA